GUGGUGCCUGGAUUAUUUUUUGGAAAAAUCAUGAUCGGUGAUGAUGCUGUGUCAAAAUGCCUUGACUUGAUGAUGACUGAGGCUUGGAAAAAUACUUAAAAUAUGUUGUUACUUACUGCAUUCUACGCUCCUUUCUGGACUUCACAGUUUCGGAUUUAGCACUGUUUUCUGCCAUAUUUGUGCGUUUAGUUUGUCCGGCUUUCGUAGUUAGACAUCUCUCACGACUCGUGCGCGGAUUGCAACUUUGAAGUUGAGUUGGGAGUGUAGUCACAGUUUCACUUUCAGUUUCAGUCACUUUGGUACUGACUUAGUGUUACAGUUUUUUUUACGAGUUGCGAUCAAAGAAGUAACCAUGUCUGAAGGAGGACAGCAAGUGGACCUAAUGCAGCUUCCGAUUCCACAGCUAAAUGGUCUUAAAGAACAGUUAGAUCAGGAGGUGGAGAUGAUGCAGGGUUCCUUGCAGCAGCUCAAGAUGGCCCAGUCUCGGUUUAUGGAAUCAUCAGAAAGCAUAGGCAAAUUAAAUUCUGAUAAUGAAGGAAAAGAGAUGCUGGUUCCACUAACAUCAUCUCUCUAUGUACCAGGCAAAUUGCAAGAUGUCAAUAAUGUAUUAAUAGAUAUAGGGACUGGCUACUAUGUAGAAAAGUCACUUGAGGAAGCUAAGAAGUACUUCAAAAGAAAAGUAGAUUUUGUCACUAAACAAAUGGAAAAAGUGCAACCAGUACUAAUAGAGAAAUCAAAGAUGAGACAAGUUGUGACAGAAGUGAUGAACAUGAAGAUUCAAGCUCAAAUGGCACAAAUGCAGUCACAGCAAGCAAAAUCAUAGGAGAUCAAAAGAGAUGAGCUCUUUCUUAAUAUAGUGUAUAAACUAUUCAUUUUUUAAGAUAUUACAUGUCACUUUCUCUGUUUUGCAUCUUAGUUUAAUGCCCCAAGCCCACUGAAUACAGUCUUGACCCUAUUGGCCCGAAUUCACAAAGGUGGUUUUUAAAACCAUCGGUUGAACCAACGGUUUAUGCAGAUUUCCUGUAUAAAUUACGCUUAUUUACCGCGUAUAUUAAAAAAUGUCCAAUACUUGUGCACGCUUUUAUCACAAUAUGCCAAAUUGACGCCUGUUGCCUUGGUUAUCCAUGCUAUUUUAUUCACGAGUCAACUGUUAUUAAUUAAUGAGUCUGUUCUUCAAACAGUGGACUCAUGAAUGAAAUAGCGUAUUUAACCAUGACAACAAGCGUCAAUUUGGCGCACUGUGACAAAAGCGCGCAUCAGCAUUGGACAUUUUUAUUAUAUGCGGUGAAUAAGCGUAAUUUAUACAGGAAAUCUGCCUAAACCACGGGUUCAACCGAUGGUUUUCAAAACCACCUUUGUGAAUUUGGGCCAUUGUGUUUCAAUGCUAGCCUACAAGCAAUGGCUCAAACUUUACACUUUUACCAAUUAUGCCAUGUCUAGUGUAAAGAAUAGACUCCACAUUUUGUCUGUGUCAGCCACAUUACAUAAGGAGUCUAGUCUCACUACUUCAGACUCUGCAAAUUGCAAGAACCAAUGGUCUGUACCUGCAGACUAGUUUAAUGCUGCAUAAAAAUACUGUAUAUUGUAGUAGCAGAUACAGUGCACUUGAGGUUGUACCGUAGUCUGCAGGCACAGACCUUUGGUUUUCGGAUAGUGCACACUACGAGUCUGAAAUAGAGGGACUAGAUUUUACUCAUGUUCUGUUGCUGCCUUUACAAGACAGACAUUUUGGAGCCUAAUCUUCACUCUCGACAUGGUAUAACUUGUUAAAGUGUCAAAUUUGAGUCUGUGCUUGUAGACUAGGUUUACCAUCAGUUUUUUAAACAAGCAUAUCACAUGGGUUUGUAUGAGUUUGCAGUCUCAAGUGAUGAGGGCCCCCAUAACAUGAAGCUUAAAAAUUGAUUGCGAGACUGAUUUCUGCAAUUGAUUGUAAUGACUAUAAUGUAUGAUCAUUCUUAGAAGAAUUUUGGAAAUCAACUCCACAAAAAGUUUUAUGUUAUGGGGCCCAUAAAGUUCGUGAUUGGGUGACCAAGACUGGCUUCAGUAUGACAGGGGUCCUAUGACCUUUCGAUUGCAUCAAUGUAUGCUUACUGACCUACAUUGUACAUUGCAAUUGAUGUUUUGUUUAAUUAAAUUGAUCUGCUUUUGUGAAGCAACCAUUGUAAGGAACCCUGUCAAAGGUCCUUGCCUCAUCUUUUCUCAGAAAUCCUGCUGUACAUGUAUGGGUGUUGCAUUUGCAUGCUUUUUUUAAGAGAAGCUUUCCCAUAUUUUCCAAUUUUUUGCUUGUAGAUGCUGAAAUAUAAGGAAUUGGAAAAGCUGCUUGUGGGUUACUCACAAAGAAGAUGCAGCUCUAUUAAACCUUGGGCAAGGUGCCUGUUUAAGGUUAAGGAAUGUAAAUGCAACAAACACUGAUUUCAUGGUGAAGUCUGCAAAAUCAAGGUCAAUUGUCAUCAUAUCUUUGUAGAUCUAAAUGUAGAUGGUUUAGCAAGUGUGCGCCUAACAGGCUGCUUGAAAUGCUAUGAAUCCAGUGACCGGGUAAUAAUAAUUGUGAAGCGCUUUGAACAGUUGUAGAUUGAUAAAGUGCUAUAUAAAUUCCAAUUAUUAUUAUUAUAGAUCUACACUGUGAAAUCAUGAAAUCUAAGCAGAAAAGUGACCACAAUGGGGAUCACCAACAUAGAUAACCAUAUGUGGGGCAGCGUAUUAUUAUCGCUUGGAAAAAGGCUGACAUCUGGCCGGAAUACCACACUUGUUUUUUUCUAUUUCUCCGCAAUUACACAUUUUCUCCCAGAAUCAUUUGGCACAUUUUUUAAAUUAUAUAUAAACACUUUGGUGGUCAUUUUAUUGGAUUUUGUUGGAACUCAUUCAGACCCUUAUCAUAACUGGCAUUUAUGUGUAAAUAAUGCUGUCAUAUUUGGACAUUUUUGUUCUCAUGUCAAAUAAUUCCACCAUGUUUUCCAAACAACUAUGUAUUUACUAAAUAACACAUGCUGUGUUUGCUUUAGUAUAUUGGUGGCUAAUAUAUUUACAUGUAUGUACUGCUCAUGAAUUAUGUCUUAUUAAUGUGGGCAUCUCUACGUGUAUUUGGAAAGUAUGUCACUUUUAAAAAUCAGUUUUGUGCUGAUCUUCGGUUUGCUAUUGAUCCUUUCAUGCAAAUCAAUAUCAGAAUUUAAAAUAUGUUCACAGUCAUAUUUGGGUAUAUGUUUACCAAACACCAACUGAAUUUUGAGGUACAAUAACCAGAGUUUUUUUUUUCAAAUACAUAUGCCAAAAUGCUUACUCUACUAAAAAAAUUUGUCUUUGGUUAAAAAAUUAAAUGCUGUCAAGUAGUCUGGUUUGCAAGGAGCCUUCACUCCUACACUACAAAUCAGAUGCAUCUGAGAAUGAAUCAACAAUGGUACGCCAGGCCAUGCGAUCUGACAUGAGAGUUGGUAAAUCAUGUAGGAGACUUCAAAGAUAUGGAUUUGCUAGUUUACAUUCAAUUAUUGAAUACUGUAUCAAAACUGUUUCUGAUAUGCUUCACUAUUGGUAUAAACAUUUUUUAUUUUUUCUUAGAAAUGGGCUUGUUUUAAACAUGUUUUCUAUUAUCGCUAUUCUUCCAUUUCACUCAUAUGACUGUACAUAUGUGUAUGUGCAAGUGAGUCCUUUGAAUUAUGUUCCAUUAAAGGAAGGAUAUACUGAGAAGAUUCUUAUUUGAUCACAUCUGUAAGUGAGAAAUUGGCAUGUAAUAUAUUAUGUAAAUGUGUAUCUUUUGCAUUAUUCUCUUUGAGGAUAGAUUGCUGUGCUUUUUAUGUUUAUGUUAUAUGAAUGUUUUGUAAUUAUAAGAAAAACUAGAUUAA